AUGACAUCUUUCGACAACGAGCUCAAAAGCACACAAGAUAAGUUGAAGGCAGCGGGGAUAAAGAUGAAGAGGAUAGGAUCAAAAGAAAACGCGGACAGAGGUGAAGGAACUAGUAGCGCGACAACGAGGAGCCAAUCUAAGAAUAGAGCAGCGGCAGAAGUAGAGAACAGUGGAGAAACUGACGCGGCAGGACCACAAGCGGGUGGUAGUGGUGAAGGUAACAACACCGACCAGCAACAGGUAGAAGAAGCAGACGGUGAAGAAGCAGAAGGUGACCAAGAUGCGAACCAAAGAGGAGAGACGCCUGAGGGAAACGGAGGCGACGGCGGAAAUAACGAAGUGCAGAGAGGCACGAGGGAGAAACGGAGACGAGGAGGAGAAAGCUCACCAUUAGAGGAACACGCCAGUAGGGGCGAAGGCGGAGAAGCGAGGAGAGCAUCAGACGAAGAGACUGAUGGGAGGAACGCUUGUAUGUUUGAAGCAGAGACAGAACCGGAGGAAAUGUCGGCCCAAGCGAAGUGGUGGUCAGCGAUCGAAUUUGCUUUCGAGACGCAGCAAGACGAGCUCGCUAUGACAAUGCUGCAAGGCUUCAACUUGAUGUACGGCAAGAAUGAACAGACUGAGGCAGCGGUAGAAGGUCGCACGAGGCGGAAGCGAUCACCAGUCAGGUUCAGAGACGAGAGACCCCGAACACAGUCACUGAUAGUAGGAGAAGAUGAUGACGAAGAGAAUGAAGCAGAAAACGCAACAGCGGUGGAUGAUGUACAAGAUGAGAGAGGCAGAGACAGAAGAAAGAAAUCAUUGAUGAAGAGAAGAAGAGAAGAUACUUCAGAAGAAAGAAAUGAUAGAGAAGAGACGACGAAGUCGAAGGAAGUAGAGGAAAACCAGGGAGAAGAAGAGACCGAGGGAGGUAUAACCUAUAGGAUAGGCAAACCCCUGGGAAACUCCUCAAUGUUGAUGCCGUUGACGCCGUAUUUCGAGAACCGAAUGAAAACGCUGAAGGCCUACGUACCUCUCACAAUCUUCGAUCUGAGUUGGAUAGAGAGAGACCAGAGAGCCGCUGGGAAGAAGAAAGUGAAGACUAUAAAAGAACUUCAAGAAGAUGAUUCUUCAGCAACUUACUCGGGCCUAGCACCCAACGAGGAACUCCUGAUGACGUACGGCUUCUGGAUAGACGCCUUUGACCUAUUCAUAAGAUACUUGAGAGAGGAGUAUGAGCGACCGAAGGCGGCGAAGAUGUUCGAGAGGCACAGGGUGAAUGUGGUGAAGGUGAAGCGUAUAACGAAGUGUUGGAUGGUAGCGUUACGAUACGACAUGAAGGUUAGGAUGGUGACAAUGAAGGUGAAGAAGGCGCCAGGCGGAGGAUGGGUGAUGGAAGACGCCGGAUACAUGCAUGAGGACCUCUUGAGGGAAGCCAAGGAAGAGGCGGACGCGAAGGGGGAGAGAAAGUUCGUAGACAAUCCAUAUGCCCCAGGAGGAGGUAUGGAACACGUAGACCCAGCCACAGGCUGGUCGGCACCGUCGACGUGGGGAGGCUACCAAGGAGUAGAGCAGGGCGGAAGUAGAGGAGGCGUACCGGGCAGAGGAAGGGCCAGAGGGUACUCGAACAGAGGUACUGGCCAGAACGCGAGAGGACUAGGAGGUGGAGCCCAGAGAGCGCAAGGAAACGGAUGGUUUCAAGGGAGAGGUGCAGGUUGGUGGGCCAAAGCGAGAGGUGGUGGGGCAGGAAAUGUAGCGGCAAACGGGAAGGAGUAA